AGGGCAGGCAGCGCCGGCCGGGCCGGGCCUCCGGCGCUGAGCGCGGAGGCGAGCGGGAGCGCCGCGUCCCGGGCUGUUCCUGCGGGCGCCGGCUGCUCGGCCCGGCCCGGCUGCCCGGCCAUGCUGUCGCGGGGGGCGGUGAGCGGGCGGGCGCUGCGUGGGGCUGUCGGGUCGCCGCCGUCCCGCGGCCUCCGCGCCUCUCCGCGGGCGCCCUCCGCCAUGCCCUCCUGGGUUAUAGACCGGUACGGCCCUAACGACGUGCUGCGCUUCACCAGGAACAUGGUGUUCCCCACCAUAAACUUCCCGAACGAGGUCAUCAUUAAGGUUCACGCUGCGAGCCUGAACCCCAUCGACCUUAGCAUGAGAAGUGGUUAUGGUGCAACUGCAUUAAAUAUGAAGCGGGAUCCCCUGAAACUCAAAAGCAUGGAUACUGAAUUUCCACUAACACUUGGUCGAGAUGUCUCUGGUGUUGUUAUGGAAUGUGGACUGAAUGUGUCUUAUUUCAAACCCGGAGAUGAGGUGUGGGCAGCAAUUCCUCCGUGGAAACAGGGCACUCUGUCAGAAUUUGUGGUAGCUAGUGGAAACGAGGUGUCUUUCAAGCCGAAGUGUCUCAGUCACACAGAAGCUGCCUCCUUGCCAUAUGUAGGUCUCACAGCAUGGUCUGCAGUUAACCAAGUUGGAGGACUAAACCAAAGUAAUUGUAGUGGGAAAAGAGUAUUAAUAUUAGGAGCUUCAGGAGGAGUCGGUACAUUCGCUAUACAGCUAGUGAAGGCCUGGGGUGCUCAUGUGACAGCAGUUUGUUCUCAUGAUGCCAGCACACUGAUGAAAAAGCUUGGAGCAGAUGAUGUGAUUGAUUACAAAUCUGGAAAUCUGGAACAGCAACUUAAAACAUUACCCUUAUUUGAUUUCAUCCUAGAUAAUGUUGGUGGAUCCACUGAGAAUUGGGCUCUAGAUCUCCUGAAGAAAUGGUCAGGAGCAACAUACGUUACCUUAGUGACACCUUUCCUGAUCAAUAUGGACAAACUUGGAGUGGCAGAUGGCAUGUUACAAACAGGAGUCACUGUUGGUUCCAAAACCGUAAAGCAUCUCUUUAAAGGAGUCCAUUAUCGGUGGGCAUUUUUUAUGCCAAGUGGUCCAAGUUUGGAUGAAAUAGCAGAACUAGUUGAUUCUGGAAAGGUCCUGGCAGUGUCCUCUUCUGGAUAAUUUCGUGUUGCCAAAAUUCCCAGAGUAGAGAAUAUUGACAACUGCUGUUCAUCUUUCUAUGUGGUACCGAAACAAGAGGAAGCAGAGUCUGCCAUGACUGCUAGUAAUUCCAGUAUGUGAACUGUCAGGUCAUCUGUGCUCUAAAUUUGUGCGUAUUAGUAAAAUGUAGAUCUCUGUGAGUGCUGUUCCCCUUUUUUGCUAUGCAUUGUGUUCCAGAGUUUGGAGAAGAGUAAAUAAAUUGUUGUCAUACUUAA